AUGGAACUACUCUUUCUUGAAGAAAUUGCAAAUGAGUUUGUAGCAGAGUCAUCUAAUAGGACUCAAUCAGCAGAUGAUGGAGAGCCCAAAAACGUUGAAAUGGAUUUGAAUGAGACCAGCUGGGUAGACGCGAUGCAUGAAGAGCUUAAUCAGUUUGAAAAACUCGGGGUUUGGAAAUUGGUUGACUUACCAAAGGGAAAAAGGGCUCUUGACACGCGUUGGGUCUAUCGUAAUAAGCAAGAUGAUUCGGGAGUGAUUGUCAGAAAUAAAGCAAGGUUAGUGGUUUGUGGGUUUCGACAGAUUGAGGGUCUUGACUAUACUGAGCUUUGCAAGGAGUUUGAAGGCGUAAUGAAAAAAUGGUUUGAGAUGAGUUCUCUUGGGGAGAUGACCAUGUUUAUGGGGCUUCAUGUCAAACAAUCUUCUACCGGAAUCCUUAUUCAUCAAGCAAAGUAUGUGGAUGAUAUACUGGAGAAGUUCGGGUUCAGAGAUGCGAAAACUGCUCUUACACCCACGGCGAAGAGACCUCUACGGGCUCCUAAUCAUGAAGGCGAAUCCGUAGAUCAGACGUAUUAUCGAUCGAUGAUCGGUUCGCUCAUGUAUCUGACUGCUAGUCGUCCAGACAUAAUGUUUGCAGUCUGUCAAUGUGCACGCUUCCAGGCCAAUCCUAAACUUUCUUAUCUUAUUGCUGCUAAACGGAUUUUUCGGUAUCUCAAAGGUUGCCCAAAAAUGGGCUUUUGGUAUCCGAAAAAUCCAGAAUUUGACCUUUAUGCUUUUGUAGACAGCAACUAUGGCGGGUGUGAGCUUGAUAGAAAAUCGACGUUAGGAGGAUGCCGAUUUCUUGGAGAUAGACUGGUCUCAUGGCAGUGCAAGAAGUAG